AAUUUGUGUUUCUGUCAAUCUACUGAAAAAAUAUUUGCCACCACGCAAAGCCAAAACAGACGUAAAGCAUCAUAUGAAUGAAAUACAGAAAUACUGCAAACUGACUUCGUGUGGAAGUAGACGUUUAGCUAGACUUCUAUUUCCAGACACCGAUUUAGAUAAUGAAACUGACGACAAAGAGAAAAGUGACAAUAGCAGUUUGCCGCAAGCAUCUGACACUGAGCCAAGCAGGAGGAGCGCGCCUGCUAGAUUGGUUAGCAAGAAAACUGCCAAGCAACAGGUUGCCAUAACCAACUUCCUCAAAUUCUAUGACAAAAACAAUCAAGCCGAUAAUAAAAAGACCGUUGAUAAUGAUAUGAACAAAGAAAAUGUGAGACCAGUUGAUAUUCAGAACAGAAAUGAGUGUAAAGGAAUUGAUAGAAGAAAGGAAAUGGACAAUAGAAAAAACGAUGAUCGAAUUAUUAUCUCACAACUCAACAAUGUAACGAUCAGAAAACGAAAACUGCUACCCCUUGACGAUUGCAACUCUAAAGAAGCAGCCAAAACAAUCGACUUCAAUGUAAAUGAUAGUGAAAAGCAGGAUAACGAGAGAGACAUGGCUCCUUCGCCUAAUUACACCACGAAAUACCAUAAACUGAGAACGCCGAAAACGGGUAGGAAAGCUAAGGCAGUUUCACAACCCAGAAAAAAACAACGUAGGGACGAUGACAAUGACGAUGAUAAUAAGGAGAAUGUUAAUGAAGAGAAACAAGAUAAUCAAGGCCAAAAAGUCAAAGAUAAGGCAAACUGUUCCCGCAGAAGUUCUUCGGUAUUCUUUUUACCGAAGAGUACUUCCCAAAAACGCAAAACUCCCAGUGGAAUCGUUUGUACUGGAAUGCAUUCAAAUGAAAGUGAUAUUGUGAGAAAAGCAGUAGAAGAAUUGGGAGGAUUCCAGCUGGAGAACAAAGUGUCGGCCAAUACUACUCAUGUGGUUGCCUAUCAUAAAAAUCAUCGGACGGUCAAUCUGUUGAAAGGAAUAGGUAGAGGCUGCUGGAUUGUUCACUAUGAUUGGGUGGUGAAUAGUUUGGAAGCUAAGAAAUGGUUGUUGGAGGAGCCGUAUGAAUUCACACACUUCUCUCCAGCAGUCAAAAUGUGUCGCCUGGACCGCCAAGCGUUUGGCAAGUACUUUUCGCUGGAUCUGUUCAAGGACUGCGGUCGCAUGUACGUGAGUCCAUCGUCGAAGCCACCCAUCGGUGAUAUGAAGGAGCUGAUUACGCAGUUCGGUGGCUCAGUCACCAGCAACAGCCGAGUGGCCGACAUCUUGGUUGGCGGCGAGCCUCGUCAACGUGAUAAUGUACUUAGAAUUAGUGAAAAAUGGAUUCUCGAUUGCAUUACUAAGUAUACUCUGCUAGAGCUUGACAAAUACAUAAGGUCGCCCGAAAUUGAAUCUUCAUAGUUUUCAUGUGACAAUUCAGUUAACUUUAAAAUUUAGUUAUGUCGAUAUUAAACUUGCAUUUGCCGAACAUAAUGCAUAAUCUCAGCUACUUAUUAGGAUUAAUUUUAUGUAGGUGUUGCAAACUAAGAAAUAUUUCUCUCAUUUAUUUUGAAUUAGUUUAGUUUUAUUUAUCAAUAGAUUAUUGUGAUCUUAGAAAUGAAUGUCUUAUAAACUUGAUUACUUGGAGCACGGAGUAAGGAACAAUCUUUCCUUUUUCUGUGCUUGGAGCUCAAUAGUUAGGAAUCUUUUGCAAAACUUGGAGAGAGAAAUUUUAUGUUACUCUAAACUAACUUGUUUGUGAAAUGUAAUCUUGAAAAACUUAUACCGUCUAAAACUAGAAUUAUCUAUAUAUAUAUAAUUCAAUGAUUCGAACUUAUUCAAUGUUCUCCCAUUAAUAUAAGUUUGAACUACUAUAGUGAAUGAAAACAUGUACCUACUAUACUACCACUGAUAUUAAUCCUUCUGAUAUUAACUCUGUAUAAAAGAGUACUAAAGUUCACGGCCCUAAAGAGUAACGGUCAAAACACUUUGGAGCUGAAAAGGUAGCUGAUAGUGUUGAAUAGUAAUGUAUUCAAAUGUGUCUGGACAUACAGUAGUGGAGAGGCAAAAGUAGGGUAGAAGGUAGAUGGAAGCAGAUUCAUUAUUUUCAACAUUCUCAGCUACCUUCUUUUGCCCUCUUCUUUUCAUCUUAUUCUCCUACCCUGCACCUUCGUCGCUCCACUAUGUCCUAAUAAAAUUGAGUGAUUUGUUUUCACUUCUAUAUAGAAUGAGUCUGUUCUUCAGUCAUAUUUUAAUUGCAACUACUGAAUACGAUUGAUAUUGAUAUAUUAUUUGCAAAUCUUUCAUAUUCAUAUAAGUAGUGUAUUAUCACAGAGGUUUUGAUUACUUGAGAUGCCGAUCAAUGGUAUAAUAGUUAUUUAUAAUUAAUCAUAAACAAAUUAUCUAGCAUGAGAUAUUGUUCUUUGGUUCUCAUAUAAAAUUUUAUCAUCCUUUGUCAUGUAGGUAAUUCCAUUUGAGAAUCACAUUCUUCACGAAUUUUACUGUAACCUUGAAACUAAGUUGAAACCUAAAUUAACAUGUUGAUUAACAUCUCCCGAUUUGGCUUGAUUCUAUCAUUCAAUAAUUAUAUCCGAAUACUUUUUCAGUUAUGAAUAACAAUAACUAUAUCCGAAUACCUUUUCAGUUAUGAAUAAAUACUUCUGAUCUUGAAA